GUGAGUAUAAAUGUUCUUUUAUUAUGAUAUUAUUUAAAAUACAAAAUAAUAAUUUCUUUGUAAUAUACUUUGGUACUAAUUCUUUUUGGCCAGGUUGGUACUUAAGCAAUAAUUAAUUAGCCAAAUUUCCAAACGAGGUACGGAAACGAAACCUAAUCCAAAUAUUCCACAAUAUUUAUUCGACCGUUCGAAAUUAAAAAGGUAAUCAAAGAGUUUGGGUGAAUUCGAAAAAACCGUAGUGCUAAGUGAAACCCAAAAGCCAAGAAAUCACCUCCCUAAAAAAAAAUAAGAGGGUUCAAAUUCAAGAAAUCUCCUAUAUAUUUUCACCAUGGUAACCAUUACUCCAGUUGAUGAAGAAAAAUCAGUUAAGAAGCGGAAAAUGGAGGGAUUAGAUUUUCCUCGGCGGGUUGAGAUCAUUGACCUUGAAAGCGAUUUGUUUUGUUUUCCACCCAUUAAAGGCAAAGGCACUACCAAGAAAAGUGCAAUCUCAGUUGAGCAGUACAGUGAUAAAAGGAACCACCAACUUGCCACCAAGGUUUUCCCGACAACCUCGAAUAGUAACUUCAUCGAUCUCGACAACUACGAUGAUGAUUUGUUCGUGCUUAAUUUCGAGCCCCCGAAGACUCCUUUGGGGAAGAAGCGUGAAAAAACCAAGAAUUCCUUCACUGUUCUCUCCUUAAUCGAACCUGGAGAGUCAUCAAACACCAAAAAGAACCAAGAGGUCCAAGACGCGUCGUUUAUCUGUGAAAUCUGCGUUGAACCAAAGCAAGCAAACGAGUCAUUUAACAUCAAAGGUUGCUCUCACGCUUACUGUACGGUUUGCAUGAUCAAAUAUGUAGCUUCAAAACUACAAGACAAGAUUACAGCCAUAAGUUGUCCCGUAGGAAACUGUGAGGGUUUGUUGGAACCUCAGUACUGUCGCAAUAUACUUCCAAGAGAAGUUUUUGAUAGGUGGGGAGAUGCUUUAUGUGAGGCAAUCAUUUUAGGGUCAGAAAGGUUUUAUUGUCCUUUUAAAGAUUGUUCCAUGCUUUUGAUUGAUGAUGGAGGACAGGUUGUAAAGGAAUCAGAAUGUCCCAAUUGUAGGAGACUGUUUUGUGCACAGUGUAAAGUUCCUUGGCAUGCUGGGAUUGAAUGUGGGGAAUUUCAGGGGUUGGAUAAAGAUGAAAGAGAGAGGGAAGAUAUUAUGUUGAUGAAGCUAGCUAAGGACAAGAAGUGGUCCAGAUGCCCAAAGUGUAGAUUCGUUGUUGAGAGAACCGAGGGUUGUAGGCUUAUGAGAUGCAGGUGUGGAACUGCUUUCUGCUACGACUGUGGAACAACCCGAGUGGAUAGUUACCAUUUUUGCCAUAACUGUAAACGUUAAACUUCCUGGGAUGCAUUUAUAUGCUUCCUUCUACAGAGAAUUCUCUUAGUUAUAUUAAUUAUGCAAGAGACACGUGUACAUUUUCUAGCAAUGAUUUCUAUUUCUUAAUUAUUCAGAAAGAUGCAUGGUUUUUCUUUUUUCUUUUUGCAUUUUUUAGUAUAAAAGAAAAAACUUUGUAAGAGAUCAAACAUUUUUUAGGAUUAAAAAAAUAAUUUGCUUAACCAUGUAACUAAGUUACCAUGCCAGAUGAAAAGCAACCUACCAUCCUGUCAUGACUGUGAAAUAGCUACCAGGAUUUAACGGCUAACACCUAAAUCAUGGAGCUCCUUUAUGAAGUUGGCUACAACUGAAGGCCAAAAAUAGAUCUAUAGUAAUGAUGCAUGAUCAAUGCACAAGCAAUCCUUUAGAAGUGAGAUAUUAUUACUUCAUUCUUUUAGGGACUUUGCUCUCUCUUUAAAAAUAGAAUUUGUUCAUGUCCUGAAGAAAAGCAAAGAGUGUGGAUGAUAAGAAUUCAUUACUCAUCUAAAUUAGAGACAACUUGUUUAAAGUUCCCAGGAACAAAUUAAGCUCAGAUGGAAUGGAAUCAGUGAAUAGAGUAGCUCGAGAGCCUCUUGAAAAUAUCAACUUUCCACAAAAUGUUGAAUCAGUACUCUCCUAGUUUGGCAAUUCCAUCAAUUGAUACCCCAUAACUAUUCUUACUUAUCCCACAUGUAAAAAAAAAAAAAAAAAAAUCAAAUUGAUGCCCUCAAAGCCUGAAACAGACCGAACUUCAAAUCUAAAAUAUCUAUGGCUCUGUUAAUCCUAAACCAUGUUUUCUUCUAGCAAGGCAUCUGAUUGCACCAAGGAUUUUUAUUUCCAUUGUUCCUGUAGAGUUUUUUGUUGUUUUCUUUGUCGUGAUACGCUUGUAACACGGCUUUUAUGAUGAUGUUAACCACACAUGAGAAAAAGGAUUAAUAAUUGAUUCAAAGAUA